CAAAAAGCCAUUGGAAGGGGCUUUACUAUAGAAGGCGAUGCUCUUUCUUAACAAUUCUUUUAAUUCAGUUGUUUCAACAGCUCAAUUUUUCAUUGAAGCUCUUACCUUUCCGAUUCCCUCUCCAUUUACAACUUCACAACUCUUGAAUUUGGCAUCUCCUGCAAUGAAAACUGAAGCACACUCAACUGUAAAAGCACUUAUUCGUACUCUCAAAUAUGGAGCUUUUUCAUGGGUUUCUGCUUCUGGGUUUCACAUAUCCGUGGCCGGUCUUCUGGGCGCCGCUGGGCUUGUUUUUGCUUUGAAAAAGGAUGUUAAAUUUGGAAGCUUUAGUGGCUUCUCAUGGUUGCCUGAGAGGGAUUCUAGUUUGGAGAAGACGGUGUACUUAGUACCUGGCUUGCAAAAUCUUGGAAAUAACUGUUUCUUGAAUGUUAUUUUGCAGGCUCUAGCUAGCUGUACAUACUUUCAACCCUUUCUGCAGAAGGUUAUGGAGGAAUGUGAUGAGCAUCAUGAAAACUUACCACUUACGGUUGCUUUAGCUGCUUUGUUAGAAGAAUUAUGUUUAGUUGCUGAAGGAAGAGUUGUAUUAAGUCCACGGCAAGUGAUGCUUACAUUGGAACUGUACAUUCAAAACUUCAAUCUAACAAGCCAGCAGGAUGCAGCAGAAGCAUUUCUUCAUCUUUUGUCCUCUUUAAGGAAAGAAUUUUCUGAUUGCUACAGUCCAAAGCAAAGUUUUCUGGUGGAUGCCACUGCUACUCAAAAUUUUAGGAUUCUUUCCUCAAAGAAGUUGGAGGACCAGAGUGAGCAGAAAAGAUGGCGGAAACACUCCUUUGGACCAUUUGAUGGGAUUCUUUGUAGCGUUUUGAUUUGUCAAAGUUGUUCAUCUCAGAUUUCACUGGACUAUCAAUUUUUUCAUAGUUUACCUGUUUCACCUGUUCUAGAUAGUGGUUCCUCUAUUAUGUUUGGAUGUACGUUGGAGGAUUGCCUGAAACAGUUUGUCAUUGCUGAAAGAGUUGAGAACUACCGCUGCAGCCACUGCUGGCACAUAGCUGGCAUAAAGUACUUAUCUGCGAUAGAAGCAAGUGAGAUGGAGAUUGAAGGACUUAGGAGUUGUAGUGCUCAAGAUUCUUGUGACUGUACUAAUCUUCUUCAUCUUCAAUCAUUACCGUGGUCAAAUAACUUCUCCCAUACUCUCAAACAACUAGCUCUUUCUCGUUGUCCCCAGAUUCUAUGCAUUCAACUGCAACGUGCUACCAUGAAUAUGUUCGGAGAGCUAGUCAAACUUAAGGGCCAUAUCAGGUUUCCAUUGAUUUUGGACCUCAUGCCAUUCAUGAAAAGUGGGGUAGGAAUCAAGGACUUCGAAGAAAGUUGGCAAAGAGGACAGAGAAGCUCUUCUACCAACCCUGUUAAUGUGAAAUAUGAUACACAAAAGCUUAAUUCCAUUUACGGACAUAUGGGAGAAAAUAUAUAUGCCAAAGUCUUAGCUGAAGCUGAACUUGGAUUCAAUGCACAUGUAAAAGCAUUUCAGGGAGAAUCCAAAUUGCCCCGGACUGAAGGCUGUUCUAAUACCAUAUGCAAAGACAUGCACAUGCGAUCUGAUGAUAAGGUAAAUAAGUUUUCCCAGUUCUGCCCUCCAAAAGCGUAUUUUUAUCGUCUUUCUUCUGUGGUAGAACACUUUGGAAGAGUUGGAAGCGGACAUUACACUGUUUACAGAAGUGUUAGAGCUGACUCAAACAUAGAGGAUCCUGAUAAACAUUCCGAGACUCCCUCAUCUCGCUGGUUUUGUAUAUCAGAUUCUGAGGUUCAUAGUGUUUCAGAAACAGACGUUCUCGCUGCAGAGGCAAGCUUGCUAUUCUACGAGAGAAUCAUAGAAAGCUGACAAUGCAUGUACAACUGCUGUUUUUGUUUCAAAAAUACAAAUAUAAUCCUGGCCCAAUGUCCCACCCUGCUGCAACUUCCUUCAAGCAAGUGCAGGACUACCACAUCGAAACUUCAAACAACCACCACAAGGCAUUUUCACUUCUAGCUGCUUGAGUUGUCCGUGAAUCGAAAAGGUUCGUCAACUAUACUUGUGAAAGAAAGAAAAAACUUAUGCAUCUAUUACGACACCUCUAAGGGGAAUCCAAAACAGAAUAGGUAGAAAGAAUUUUGACACAUAGGGCUUGGAUAAUUUGUUUGUAACUUAUAAUCAAACUGAAUUUGUAUUGAAAACUUGCUUGCAUUUGAAAAAAUAAGGCAAAUUCUUGAA